AUGGAUGACGAGACUGACAUUUUCCUGGGUGCUAAUCCCACCACUGCAAAUUCAUCUAAAAUCAACAUAAGCGAUGAAAUAUCGGCUAGAUUAAAAUCAUGGUUAUCUAAGGGUCUAACAGAAAAAGAGGAAAAGGAGAAAUUAAUUAAAUUAAUUGCAAGGAAAGGGACAAUUGACCUCGAAGCACCUUCCUUGAACGAGGAAAUUUCCGUAGAUCUACAUCCAAAGGCCCUGGCAAAGGAUGAUUACUUCAAAGACUAUCAAAAUUUUACAGGCUCUGCCUUGUCGGCUACUUCUUAUGUUUUAGACAUGAUUUCAAAUGAUAUGGAAAAUCCGCUCGAUAGAGAAUUAAUAUUAUCAAAUGUCUCCUCUACCGUAAAACUUUUUUCCACUACUUACCUCUUUGGAGACAACUUAAGGAACGUUAUAGAAAGUUUAAAAGCAAUGGAAAGGGUGUCAAAGGAUUUAAAGCCUAAAACUAAAGCUCCUCUUCGUCAAAAUAAUCAUUUAAACUGGAAGAGCUCAUCCGCAAAGAAGGAGGUGGGACGGACGAUCUUCAAAUCAUUCCACCAAAGAGAAAACACAUUCAAGAACAACAGAACGAAGCCGUACCCUGCAAAAAGAAAUUAUCUACUAACGCAGCCGAACCAGAACCGACGCUAAUUUUCAUCCCCGUAAGUACUGCAGCCAGGUUACAAUGUUUAAAAAAAAAUUGGGAAACAAUUACAAACGACCCGUUCAUA